AUGAUUUGUGCUAUCAAAGGGGAAGCUUGUUGGUGGACAAUUCACCCGGCAUCCAAGCAGAGGUCAGAGGGUGAGAAGGUGCGCAUUGGAGAUGACCUCAUCUUGGUCAGCGUGUCCUCUGAGAGGUACCUGCACCUCUCCAUCUCCAAUGGAAGUAUUCAAGUGGAUGCUUCAUUCAUGCAAACACUGUGGAAUGUUCAACCUACCUGCUCCAGAAGCAACAUGGAAGUGGGAUUUCUUCUGGGUGGGCAUGUGACACGCUUGUUCCAUGGGCACGACGAGAGCCUCACCAUACCAGGAUCCGAGCAAAGCCAAGAGCAACAGAGCUGGAGCGGGAGUCACAUCAGAUGGGGUCAGCCCUUCCGCCUACGCCAUCUCUCCACCGGUCACUACCUGGGCCAGACAGAGGACAAUGGCCUGAUACUGCUGGACAGAGAGAAGUCUGACACCACUGCAACAGCCUUCUGUUUCCGGUCAAGCAAGGAAAAGAUUGACUCUGGCCCAAAGCGUGAUAUUGAUGGUAUGGGGGUCGCAGAGAUCAAAUACGGCGAUUCCGUCUGCUUCAUCAUGCAUGUGUCCACGGGCCUGUGGCUGUCCUACCAGGCGCCUGAUGCCAAAUCUUCUCGCCUGGGACCACUGAAGAGAAGGGCUGUCCUGUCUCUUGAGGGCCAUAUGGAUGACGGGCUGACUCUGCAGCUUUGCCAGCACGAGGAGUCCCGGGCAGCUCGCAUCAUUCGUAACACCACUCGCCUCUUCACUCAGUUCAUCAGGGGUCUGGAUGGUUUGAAUGGGGAGAAGACUACAGAGGUGACACUGCCUGUGUGUGAAGUGCUGCAGACACUAGACGACCUCAUCGUGUACUUCCAGCAGCCUGACUCUGAGCUCGAACAUGAGGAGAAACAGAGGCAGCUCCGAUCUCUCAUCAAGCGCCAAGAUCUCUUCAAAGAAGAGGGAAUGCUAACCCUGGUCUCACACUGCAUCGAUCGUCUAAACGUGUACAACAGUGCCGCUGAGUUUGAGGAGUUAGCAGGCGAGGAGGCCGGAGAGGCCUGGAAGGACAUUCUCAACCUCCUCUAUGAGCUUCUGGCCGCUCUGAUUCGAGGCAACAGGACCAACUGCACACAGUUCUCUCGCAAGCUGGAUUGGCUGGUCAGCAAGCUAGAGCGAUUGGAGUCCUCAUCAGGCAUUUUAGAGGUGCUUCAUUGUAUCCUAAUCGAGAGUCCAGAAUCUCUGAACAUCAUCCAGAAGGCCCACAUCAAAUCCAUUAUUUCUCUGCUGUACAAGCAUGGACGCAACCACAAGAUUCUAGAUGUUCUCUGUUCCCUGUGUGUCUGCAAUGGUGUGGCUGUGAGAGCCAAUCAGAACUUCAUCUGUGACCACCUGCUUCCCAGGAGAGACCUGCUGCUCCAGACACGAUUGAUCAAUGAUGUCCAAAGUAUGAGACCCAACAUCUUCCUGGGCAUGAGUGAGGGCUCGGCACAGUAUAAGAAAUGGUACUUUGAGCUGAUCAUCGAUCAAGUAGACCACUAUGUGACCAGUGAGCCCACCCACCUUCGUGUUGGCUGGGCCACCACCAAAGGCUACGCCCCAUAUCCUGGGGGUGGAGAGGGCUGGGGAGGAAACGGUGUGGGUGACGAUCUUUACUCCUAUGGUUUUGAUGGGCUUCAUCUGUGGUCAGGCCGAAUCCCACGGGCCGUGGCCUCUAUUAACCAGCACUUGCUGAAUUCAGACGAUGUUGUGAGCUGCUGUCUGGAUCUCGGAGCCCCUAGCAUGUCUUUCCGAAUUAACGGUCAACCCGUUCAAGGCAUGUUUGAAGACUUCAACGUAGAUGGCUUCUUCUUUCCCGUCGUCAGUUUCUCAGCAGGGGUCAAGGUCCGUUUCUUGUUGGGUGGACGCCAUGGAGACUUUAAGUUCCUGCCUCCAGCAGGCUAUGCACCAUGUUAUGAAGCCCUGCUCCCCAAAGAAAAGAUGCGUGUGGAGCCUGUGAAGGAGUAUAAAAGAGACCUGGAGGGAGUGAGAGAUCUGCUGGGCACCACGAAGUUCCUGUCCCAGGCUUCCUUCAUUCCUGUUCCUGUUAACACCAGCCAGAUUGUCCUGCCUCCACAUCUUGAAAAUGUGCGGGACAAGUUAGCUGAGAACAUCCAUGAGCUCUGGGGCAUGAACAAAAUAGAGCUUGGCUGGAUGCAUGGCAAGGUCCGAGAUGACAACAAGAGACAGCACCCUUGUCUUGUUGACUUCUCUAAACUGCCAGAAACAGAAAAGAAUUAUAACCUGCAGAUGUCAACAGAAACUUUGAAGACCCUACUUGCUUUGGGAUGCCAUGUUGCACAAGUCAAUAUAAAUGCUGAAGACGACCUGAAAAAAAUGAAACUCCCCAAGAACUACAUGAUGGCAAAUGGCUAUAAACCUACACCACUAGACCUUUCUGAUGUGAAACUGACACCUGGUCAAGAGGUUCUAGUUGAUAAAUUGGCUGAAAAUGCUCAUAAUGUUUGGGCCAAAGAUCGCAUCAAACAAGGAUGGACCUAUGGUAUUCAGCAGGAUCUGAAAAACCGUCGUAAUCCACGGCUGGUGCCAUAUGCUUUAUUAGACGAACGCACUAAGAAAUCAAACAGAGACAGUCUUCGAGAGGCCAUCCGUACUCUGGUUGGUUAUGGAUAUUUUAUAGACCCACCUGAUCAAGAGACUGCUCACAUUGUAGAGAAGGAGGGCAUUGAAUCCAUCCGUCUCUUCCGUGUGGAGAAGACCUACGCUGUGAAGACAGGGAAGUGGUAUUUUGAGUUUGAGGCGCUCACUGGAGGUGACAUGCGGGUGGGCUGGGCACGGCCCGGAUGCAGAUCUGAUAUGGAACUGGGACUAGAUGACCAGUCCUUUGUCUUUGAUGGCUACAGGGGCCGCCGGGUUCAUAUGGGCAGUCAUUUCUUUGGGAGGACGUGGACUAAAGGAGAUGUGGUGGGCUGCAUGAUCAACAUGGAGGACAAAUCCAUGAUAUUCACCCUGAAUGGAGAGAUCGUAAUCACCAACAAGGGCUCUGAGCUCUGCUUUGCUGACUUUGAAGCUGAAGAUGGAUUCAUCCCAGUGUGCAGCCUGGGUCUUUCCCAAAUUGGCUGCAUGAAUUUAGGAAAAGACGCUAGUACUUUUAAGUACUACACUAUGUGUGGCCUUCAGGAGGGCUUUGAACCCUUUGCUGUUAAUAUGAAUCGAGAAGUCACCAUGUGGUUCAGCAAACGCCUACCUACGUUUGUUAAUGUACCAGAGGACCACCCCCAUAUUGAGGUUACUAGAAUAGAUGGGACUGUGGACACACCUCCAUGUCUAAAGGUGACACACAAGACAUAUGGGACCCAGACCAGCAAUGACGACAUGGUCUGCUGUCGUCUAAGCAUGCCUGUUGAAUUCCCUUGGAAGAUCACUGAUGUCAGUGAGGUGAUCGCUGAGGACCAAAAAGCCAAGAAGGAUGAUGGAGGCAAGAUUGAUUAUGGCAGCAUUACAAAGUACUUCUACUCUGUGAGAGUGUUUGCUGGACAAGAUCCAUCAUCUGUUUGGGUGGGCUGGGUGACACCAGACUACCACUACUAUAGCAAGCACUUCAGCCUCAGCACAGUUCGCACUGUCACUGUAACGCUGGGAGACGAGCGGGGACGUGUUCAUGAGAGUGUGAGAAGGAGUAAUUGUUACAUGGUCUGCGCUGGGGAUGUUGUCAGCGGCUCCACAGGCCGUAGUAACACUGAUCUGGAGAUUGGCUGCUCCAUAGAUCUGGCCUCAGGCCUGGUCUCAUUCACUGCCAAUGGCAGAGAUCUGCCUACUGCAUACCAGGUUGAGCCUAACACUAAGCUCUUCCCUGCUGUGUUUGUUCAACCCACAAGUCCCAACCUCUUCCAGUUUGAGUUUCCAAAAAUCCCAGAUGCAAUGCCCCUGUCUUCAGCCAUCUUUAAGAGUUUACAAAGAAACCCAGAGCCCCAGUGUCCUCCUCGGCUGGAUGUGCAGACAAUCGUGUCCGUGUUGUGGAGCAGAAUGCCCAACACCUUCCUGUCGGUGGAGACGGCCCGUGUGAGUGAGAGGCAUGGCUGGGUGGUGCAGUGUCUGGAGCCCCUGCAGAUGAUGGCUGUUCAUAUCCCAGAGGAGAACAGGUGUAUCGACAUCAUGGAACUAUCAGAAAACGAAGAUCUACGGCAGUUCCACUAUCAUACUUUAAAGGUCUUCUGCGCCCUUUGUGCAUUGGGCAACACUCGCGUUGCUCACGCCCUCUGUAGCCAUCUUGACCAAUCGCAGCUCCUGUAUACCAUUGAUAACCAGUACCUGUCUGGUCAACUGCGUGAAGGCUUUUACGAUGUCCUCAUCAGCAUUCACCUGGAGACGGGCAAAGAGGCCCAUCUCAUGAUGAACAAUGAGUUUAUAAUCCCAGUAACGGAUGAGACGAGGAGCAUCCGCCUCUUCCCUGACGACUCUAAGCGUCACUCUCUUCCUGGCGUAGGCUUGAGCACUUCACUUGCCCCUCGUUUCAACUUCACCCCUCCGUAUUUCAUUACCCCCAAGCGCGAUCUGCCUCUCUUCAGCCCUCAGAUCCCUCUGGGUAUCCUGAAGGAGAAAGCCAUCAGUAUGCUUACGGAAGCUGUGCAGGGCGGAGGCGCCCACAUUCGAGAUCCUGUGGGCGGAAGCGUUGAGUAUCAGUUUGUGCCGAUUCUCAAGCUGAUCGGCACCCUGCUGAUAAUGGGUGCGAUGACCAGCGAGGAGGUGAGGACCAUCCUGCUUCUCAUUGACCCCGGCGUGUUUGGGGAUGGGAAGGAGGAGGAGGAGCAAACGGCAGUGGCGGAACAGGGAGCGGAGAAAGAGGAGGCCGCCAGUAAUGAAGAGAAGGCUGUGGAGGCAGGGGAGGAGGAGAGUAAAGAGGCCAAGCAGUCUCCCAAAGGUCUUCUAGAGAAAAGCUUGCCUGAGUCGGUCAAACGGCAGAUGUGUGAACUGCUGCACUAUUUCUGUGACUGUGAGCUGAAGCAGCGCAUUGAGGCUAUAGUGGCCUUCUCAGAUGAUUUUGUGUCCAAGCUGCAAUUCAAUCAGAAGUUCCGCUACAAUGAGUUGAUGCAAGCCCUCAACAUGUCAGCUGCUGUCACUGCCAAGAAGACAAGAGAGUUUCGCUCACCUCCCCAAGUGCAGAUAAACAUGUUGCUGAACUUCAGUGCUGGUGAUGAUUGCACCUGCCCUGAGGAGCUGCAAGAGGAGCUUCAAAGCUUCCAUGAUGACCUGCGACUACAUUGUGGAAUCCCUAUGGAAGAGGAAGAGGAGGAGCAGGACACAUCUCUUAAAGGCCGCCUAAUGUCCCUGGUAUACAAGAUUAAAGGUCGUCCCCAAAAAACUGAGGAAAAACCAACGGAGCAAGAACAGGCUGCUCCUACAAACCUGAAGGAGCUGAUAUCUCAGACUAUGGUCACCUGGGCUCAGGAGUGCAAGAUCCAAGACCCGGCACUGGUCCGCAGCAUGUUCAGCCUUUUGAGAAGGCAGUAUGAUGGCAUCGGUGAGCUGCUCAGGGCCUUGAGGAAGAGCUACACCAUCAGUGCCAAAUCUGUAUGGGACGCGAUAAACCUGCUGGCCUCGCUGGGUCAGAUCCGUUCACUACUUAGCGUCCGCAUGGGGGAAGAGGAGGGCCAGCUUAUGAUCGACGGCCUGGGGGACAUCAUGAACAACAAAGUGUUUUACCAGCAUCCAAAUCUGAUGCGUGUUCUUGGCAUGCACGAGACAGUAAUGGAGGUCAUGGUCAAUGUGCUGGGAGGAGGCAAGGAUAAGGAGAUUGCCUUCCCCAAGAUGGUGGCCAGCUGUUGUCGCUUCCUGUGCUACUUCUGUCGCAUCAGCCGUCAGAACCAGAAGGCUAUGUUUGACCACCUGAGCUACCUCCUGGAGAACAGCAGUGUGGGGCUGGCUUGCCCAGCCAUGAGAGGCUCUACACCUUUAGAUGUGGCUGCCUCCUCUGUGAUGGACAACAACAGUUUAGCUCUGGCACUUGAGGAACCUGAUCUUGAGAAGGUGGUGACAUAUCUGGCAGGCUGUGGCUUACAGAACUGCCCAAUGCUCAUUGCCAGGGGAUACCCAGACAUUGGCUGGAACCCAAUUGAAGGAGAACGUUAUUUAUCCUUCCUACGGUUUGCUGUCUUUGUCAAUUGUGAAAGUGUUGAAGAGAAUGCUAAUGUAGUGGUGAAGCUUUUGAUCAGGCGUCCGGAGUGCUUUGGACCUGCUCUCAGAGGAGAGGGAGGGCAAGGUUUACUCGCUGCCAUGAAGGAAGCCAUCAAGAUCUCAGAAGAUCCUGCUUUAGACCUGCCUAACUUACCCGAGGGGGCUGCACACACCGUCGGAGAGGAUGAAGAGGAGGAGGAGGUCGCCCACAUGGGCAACUCUAUUAUGUCUUUCUACUCAGCCCUUAUUGAUCUUCUGGGCCGCUGUGCACCUGAGAUGCAUCUUAUAAACAAAGGCAAAGGCGAAGCACUGCGUAUCCGUGCCAUCCUCCGUUCCUUAGUUCCCAUGAAAGAUUUGGUGGGAAUUAUCAGUAUUCCACUCAAAAUGCCGGUCGUCAAUAAAGAUGGCACCGUGACAGAGCCAGAUAUGAAUGCCAGCUUCUGUCCGGAGCAUAGGGCACCCAUGGUGCUUUUCCUGGACCGUGUCUAUGGUAUUGACGACCAGAGCUUCUUGAUGCACCUGCUGGAGGUGGGCUUCCUGCCAGACCUGCGAGCAUCAGCCUCCCUGGACUCGGAGGUGCUCAGGACCACAGAGACAGCUCUGGCCAUGAACCGCUACAUUGGAUCUGCAGUGCUUCCUCUGUUGACCCGCUGUGCUCAUCUGUUCGCUCACACUGAGCACUAUGCAACGCUCGUUGACUCUACGCUGCACACCAUCUAUCGCCUCUCAAAGGGCCGAUCACUUACCAAGGCCCAGAGAGAUGCUAUUGAUGAAUGUCUACUGGCCAUUUGCAUGCAUCUGAGGCCAUCAAUGCUACAGCAACUUUUACGUCGUCUUGUGCUUGAUGUUCCACAGCUUACAGAGUACUGCAAGAUGCCCAUUAAGCUGUUGACCAAUCACUAUGAGCAGAACUGGAAGUACUACUGUCUGCCAACAGGCCUGGGCAGCUAUGGAAUGGCAUCAGAGGAGGAACUCCACCUCACCAAGAAACUCUUCUGGGGACUUUUUGAUGCUCUUUCUCAAAAGAAAUAUGAUGCAGAGCUUUUCAAAAUGGCCAUGCCAUGUCUGAGUGCCAUAGCUGGUGCCAUACCACCUGAUUAUGUUGACUCCAGCCCAGGCUCCACAUUAGUUAAGCAGGCCUCUGUGGAUGCACAAGGCAACUUCGACCCCCAGCCUAUUAGCACUGCAAACAUCUCGCUGCCUGAAAAGCUAGAUUACAUAGCAAGCAAGUUUGCUGCGCAUUCCCAUGAGAAAUGGUCCUCUGAGAAGAUCGCUCUCGGCUGGACUGCGGGAGAUAAAGUAGAUGACAAAGCUAAAACUCAUCCACUUCUGAAACCGUACAAAGCACUGAGUGAAAAGGAAAGGGAGACUUACCGCUAUCCUGUGAAAGAGACUCUGAAGAGCAUGUUGGCAAUGGGAUGGAACAUUGAGAGAGCCAAAGAAGGAGAGGCCAUGUUCCAGCAAAGGGAAUCAGAAAAACAGCGCAAGAUAUCAGAGUCCUCUCAGGGUGAGUUUAUUCCAGCCCCACAAGAUUUGGAAAAUGUUAUUCUAUCAAGAGAACUACAGGCAAUGGUUGAAACAGUUGCAGAAAAUUACCACAACAUUUGGGCAAAGAAGAAGAAAAAGGAACUUGAUAGUAAAGGAGGAGGAAGUCAUCCAUUGUUGGUACCGUACGACACACUGACGGCAAAGGAGAAGUACAGAGAUCGAGAGAAGGCCCAAGAACUCUUUAAAUUCCUGCAGGUCAAUGGAUAUGCCAUCAGCAGAGGUCUGAAGGACAUGGAGCAGGAUUCCUCUUCUAUGGAAAAGAGGAUUGCCUAUAAGUUCCUCAAGAGGCUCUUGAAUUAUGUCGAUUCUGCACAGGAGUUUAUCGCCCAUCUUGAGGCUUUGGCUACCAGUGGGAAGACAGAAAAAUCUCCCCAUGAUCAAGAGAUCAAGUUCUUUGCUAAGGUUCUGCUGCCCCUCAUAGACCAGUACUUCAAAAACCACUGCUUGUACUUCCUGUCAUCUCCCAAUAUCAGCCUGAGCAGCAGUGGCUACGCAUCUAACAAAGAGAAGGAGAUGAUCACCAGUCUAUUCUGUAAGCUGGCAGCCCUUGUCAGACAUAGAAUAUCACUCUUUGGAAGUGACUCCACCACCAUGGUGAGCUGCUUGCACAUCCUGUCACGCUCACUGGACUUCAGGACUGUGAUGAAGUCUGGCUCAGAGCUGGUGAAGGCUGGUGUCAGGACGUUCUUUGAGAAUGCUGCAGAAGACCUAGAGAAGACACUGGAGAACUUGAAGCUGGGGAAGAUGGGUCAGUCACGCACCCAGAUGAAGGGCGUUACCCAGAUCAUCAGCUACACCUCAGCGGCCCUGCUGCCCAUCCUGACGGUUCUCUUUCAGCAUAUCACCCAACACCAGUUUGGAGUAGAGCUGCUAUUGGAUGACAUUCAGCUGUCCUGCUACCGCAUCCUGACCAGCCUCUACUCUUUGGGCACUGGCAAGAACAUCUAUGUGGAAAAACAGCUUCCAGUGCUGGGUGAAUGUUUAUCCACACUGGUUGGAGCCAUGCCUGUUGCCUUCCUGGAACCCCACCUAAAUAUGCACAACCCCCAAUCUGUCUUCAACACCAAGACACCAAGAGAACGAGCUAUUUUGAGCAUGCCAGACACUGUGGAUGAGAUGUGUCUUGAGAUGCCCCAUCUGGAUGGCCUGAUGAAGGACAUUGGUGACAUUUCUGAAUCUGGAGCACGCUACACAGAGAUGCCACAGGUCAUCGAGGUCAUCCUGCCAAUGUUGUGUAACUACCUGUCUUACUGGUGGGCAAAAGGCCCAGAAAACUCCCCAGUUGAUACCAAUUGCUGCACAACUGUCACAUCUGAGCAUCUCAGCCUAAUCCUGGGCAAUAUCCUUAAGAUUCUCAAUAACAACCUUGGCAUUGAUAACGCCCCUUGGAUGAAAAGACUUGCAGUAUAUAGCCAGCCUAUCAUUAGCAAGGCUAGCCCAGAUCUUCUUAGAAUGCACUUCCUGCCUACACUGGAGAAACUGAAGAAGAAGACAGUGAAGAUAGUGGCUGAGGAGGAGCUGCUGAGGGCUGAAAGCAGGACAGACACUCAGGAAGCUGAACUGCAGAUUCUGGAUGAGUUUGCUGUUCUCUGCAGGGAUCUGUAUGCCUUCUAUCCAAUGCUCAUUCGUUAUGUGGACAACAACAGAUCCAAAUGGCUGAAGCAACCAGAUUCAGAUUCAACUGAACUUUUCAAAAUGGUGUCAGAGAUUUUCAUCCUUUGGUGUAAAUCUCAUAACUUUAAAAGGGAAGAGCAAAAUUUUGUGGUGCAAAAUGAAAUUAACAACCUGGCGUUCCUCACUGGAGACAGCAAGACGAAGAUGUCAAAAUCUGGAGAUGAUGAGUCUGGAGGUCAGGACCAAGACAGAAGAGGAAAAAGGAGAAAAGGAGAGUUGUACUCCAUUCAGACUUCCCUUAUCGUAGCAGCUCACAAGAAGAUGCUGCCCAUUGGUCUGAACAUGUGCACUCCUGGAGACCAGGAGCUUAUUUCCCUUGCCAAAAUCCGUUAUAGUCUGAAAGACACAGAUGAUGAGGUUAAGGAUUACCUGAGGAAGAACCUCCAUCUUCAGGAGAAGUCAGCAGAUCCAGCAGUGCAGUGGCAGGUGAACCUCUAUAGAGAUGUUGUGGUGAAGAAUGAGGGACCUCCAGACCAAGAGCAUAAUGUGGAGAGAGUUCAAUCCAUCUCCGCUGCUGUCUACCACCUUGAUCAGGUUGAACAGCCGCUGAGGAACAAGAAGAUGGUGUUUCAAAAGCUGCUGUCAAAGCAAAGAAAGCGUGCCGUGGUGGCCUGUUUCCGCAUGGCACCACUCUACAACUUACCAAGGCAUCGCUCGAUUAACCUCUUCCUCAGUGGCUAUCAGAGACUUUGGAUAGAGACAGAGGAGUACUCCUUUGAGGAGAAGCUAGUGCAGGACUUGGCAAAAACUCCCAUGACUGUGGUAGAGGAAGAAGAGGAAGAAGAAGCUGCAGUUCAGCCAGACCCUCUUCAUCAGCUCAUCCUUCACUUCAGUCACAAUGCUCUGACGGAGAGAAGUUUUCUAGAAGAGGAUCCUCUCUACAUUGCAUAUGCUGACAUGAUGGCGAAGAGCUGUGCCGAGAAUGAGGAAGAAGAAGAGGAAGAGGAGGGAAAAGAAAAAACAUUUGAGGAAAAAGAAAUGGAGAAGCAGAAGAUUCUGUACCAGCAGGCCAGACUUCACGCCCGAGGGGCUGCUGAGAUGGUGCUACAGAUGAUCAGUGCCAGUAAAGGCCGACUUGGUCCUAUGGUGACUGGCACCCUUAAAUUGGGCAUUUCUAUCCUAAAUGGAGGCAACGUUCUUGUCCAGCAGAAAAUGCUGGAUUAUUUGAAGGAAAAACGAGAUGCGGGCUUCUUUAAAAGUUUAUCCGGACUAAUGAUGUCUUGCAGUGUGCUGGAUUUAAAUGCAUUUGAAAGGCAAAAUAAGGCAGAGAGUCUUGGAAUGGUGACUGACGAGGGGUCAAUCAACGUGAAAGAGAGGGGUUCCAAAGUACUACAAAAUGAUGACUUUACAAAGGAUCUGUUUAGAUUUUUGCAACUUCUAUGCGAGGGGCACAAUAAUGAUUUCCAAAACUUCUUGCGGACCCAGAGUGGAAACACUACUACAGUCAACAUCAUCAUUAGCACUGUGGACUACCUAUUACGUCUACAGGAAUCUAUAAGUGAUUUCUACUGGUAUUACUCUGGGAAAGAUAUCAUGGAUGAGGCUGGCCAACUUAACUUCUCCAAAGCUUUGGCAGUAGCCAAACAAAUCUUUAACUCACUCACUGAGUACAUUCAGGGCCCUUGUAUAGGGAAUCAGCAAAGUUUGGCACACAGCAGGUUGUGGGACGCAGUGGUCGGGUUCCUGCAUGUUUUCGCAAACAUGCAAAUGAAACUGUCACAGGAUUCUAGUCAAAUCGAGUUAUUGAAAGAGCUGAUGGAUUUGCAGAAAGAUAUGGUGGUCAUGAUGUUAUCUCUUCUGGAGGGUAAUGUGGUGAAUGGAACUAUCGGCAAGCAGAUGGUUGACACAUUAGUGGAGUCCUCCAGCAAUGUGGAAAUGAUCCUCAAGUUCUUCGACAUGUUCCUCAAACUGAAGGACCUCACUACAUCUGAUAACUUUAAGGAGUACGACCCAGAUUGCAAAGGCGUUAUAUCCAAGAAGGAGUUCCAGAAGUCUAUGGAUAGCCAAAAGCAAUACACACAGUCUGAGAUCGAGUUUCUCCUCUCCUGUGUGGAGGCCGAUGAAAAUGAUAUGUUCAACUACAAGGAGUUUGUGGAACGCUUCCAUGAACCAGCCAAGGACAUCGGCUUCAACGUGGCUGUGCUUCUUACUAACCUUUCAGAACACAUGCCUCACGACUCACGCUUGUCCACCUUCUUAGACCUGGCUGAAAGCGUUCUCAGUUACUUUGAGCCAUACCUGGGCCGUAUUGAGAUCAUAGGGGGUGCCAAGAGGAUUGAGAGGGUUUACUUUGAGAUCAGCGAGUCUAGCAGAACCCAAUGGGAAAAGCCUCAGGUCAAAGAGUCCAAACGGCAAUUCAUCUUCGAUGUGGUCAACGAAGGCGGUGAGAGUGAGAAGAUGGAGUUAUUUGUGAACUUCUGUGAGGACACCAUCUUUGAGAUGCAGUUGGCCUCUCAGAUCUCUGAGCCAGACGCCGCAGAACGACCCGAGGAGGACGAAGACGAGGAGUUGCAUAGUCUGCUUGAAGGAUUGUCUGAGAAGGAAGACUCAUCUCUUGAGUCCGCCUCGGCCUUCACUGCAGCCUGCGCUUCUGUGAAGAAGAGCAUGUCUAAUUUCCGUAAAAUGCUGACGUUUAAGAGUAUGAGGAAACAGUUGAAAAAAUUCAGGAAACUUACCAUCAGGGAAAUGAUCACAGGGUUCUUCUCCUUCUUCUGGAUGCUCUUCACUGGGUUCUUCAAAGGCAUUUUCGCCAUCAUCUUCGGGUUCUUUCAUAUUAUUUGGUCCUCCAUGUUUGGAGGGGGUCUUGUGGAGGGUGCUAAAAACAUGAAAGUGACAGAUAUCUUGGGUAACAUGCCUGAUCCAACACAGUUUGGGAUCCAUGGUGAUGUAAUGGAAGCAGAAAAAUCAGAGAGCAGCGAAUUGGUGGUGUCUGCAGAUAUGGUGCAGAUGACUGGUGCUGGUGCUGAGAAGCUGGAAACGGAUAUGAUCAUGGAUCUACUUAAUCCAGCUGUGAAGAAGGAGGGGAAGCAUGUGGCAGAACUUGGUCUGGGUGAUGUCUGUGAGGUCCUGACAGAGUCUAGCUCCCCUGUUGAGAAAAAGAAGAGCCAGAAAGUAGCAGCAGAGAAGCCAGAAUCCGAGCCAGAGAAAGCUGACACUGAGAAUCAAGAGAAAGAAGACAAGGCUAAAGAGGAAACUCCUGAGGAACCAGCAGCAGCAAAACCAGCUCCAAAAGCCAAACGUGGCUCAGCAAAGGAAGAAGCUCCAGCAUUUAUGGCCAGCUUCUUUGCAGGGCUUGAAGUCUACAAAGCCAAAAUGCUGAACUACCUGGCUCGCAAUUUCUACAACCUUCGUCUUCUGGCCUUGUUUGUGGUCUUCGCCAUUAACUUCAUCCUGCUCUUCUACAAGGUGACUGGAGAAUUCGAUGAUGAGGAAGAGGAGGGAUCCUGGGGUGGUGAAGAGGAGGAAGGUGAUGAAGAUGAUGAAGGAAUGGAAUACUUCAUUCUUCAGGAGAACACUGGCUACAUGGCACCCACAUUGACGUUCUUGGCUGUACUGCACACGAUCAUCUCCUUACUCUGUGUUGUUGGAUAUUACUGCCUUAAGGUUCCUUUAGUUGUGUUCAAGCGGGAGAAGGAGAUCGCCAGGAAGCUUGAGUUUGAUGGCUUGUAUAUUACCGAGCAGCCGUCUGAUGAUGACAUCAAAGGACAGUGGGAUCGUUUGGUCAUUGCAACUCCGUCCUUCCCUAACAAUUACUGGGACAAAUUUAUUAAGAGGAAGGUCAUCAAUAAAUAUGGUGACUUGUACGGGGCCGAGCGCAUAGCUGAACUCCUGGGUCUGGAUAAGAGUGCUCUGGACUUUGAUCCCACUGAAGAGGCCGUGGUGAAGGAGGCCUCCCUGCUGUCCUGGUUGAGCUCAAUUGAUACCAAGUACCACAUCUGGAAAAUGGGGGUGGUGCUGACGGACAACUCUUACCUCUACCUGAUCUGGUACACCACCAUGUCUAUUCUGGGACAUUACAAUAACUUCUUCUUUGCCGCUCAUUUGCUGGACAUUGCCAUGGGUGUCAAGACACUGAGGACCAUCCUCUCUUCUGUGACUCACAAUGGCAAACAGCUGGUAUUGACUGUGGGCCUCCUGGCGGUUGUGGUCUACCUGUACACCGUGGUGGCUUUUAACUUCUUCCGCAAGUUCUACAACAAAAGCGAGGAUGAGGACGCACCUGACAUGAAAUGUGAUGAUAUGAUGACUUGCUACCUGUUCCACAUGUACGUGGGUGUGAGAGCUGGCGGUGGCAUCGGUGAUGAAAUCGUGGACCCUGCAGGCGACCCGUCUGAGCUCUACCGCAUUCUGUUUGACAUCACCUUCUUCUUCUUCGUCAUCGUCAUCCUGCUGGCCAUCAUUCAGGGUUUGAUCAUUGAUGCCUUCGGUGAGUUGAGAGACCAGCAGGAGCAGGUGAAAGAAGACAUGGAGACAAAAUGCUUCAUCUGUGGAAUCGGGAAUGACUAUUUUGACACAACCCCGCAUGGCUUUGAGACCCAUACCUUACAAGAGCACAAUCUGGCCAACUAUUUAUUCUUCCUGAUGUAUCUUAUCAACAAAGAUGAGACUGAAUACACUGGUCAGGAGUCGUAUGUUUGGAAGAUGUAUCAGGAGAGAUGCUGGGAUUUCUUCCCUGCUGGAGACUGUUUCCGGAAGCAAUACGAGGACCAGCUGGGCUAGAGGACAUGUUGUCCUCAGUCCUAAUAUGAGAGAACCUAUAUGAGCUCCUAAUAUCCACAUGGAUUUUAGGACCUUGUACAGGUUGGACACAACAUCCUAAACUAUCUCUCAUCAUACUCUGCUCACUAAUUCAUCCAAUCAAAACAACCUCAAUCGUUUCUACACCAGAAAUGACAGCGACAUACUGAGAACUCAUUGUGAUCGAGCCAAAAAUGUGAACUCAAGUGCAACACUGAGAAAAAAAACAACAAAAACAUGUAGCACACAUUGCCAAAUAAAGACACAAAGCCACGUUUGAUUAAAAAACGUGGGAAAAUGCCUUAUUUGCUUAACUCACAAAUGCACACAAACUUGUGAGAUAUGUUAACGUGUAUGUUUUUUGAUGUUGAAUGAACGUCUGCACAAAUAUGCACCAGAAUACCUUCUUAGGAUUCAAUGAGUGCCAAACACACUUUUUAAAACACACGAUUUAAAAACUAAGACUAUGAAGAAUGUGCAAUGCCGUUAAGGACAGUAACCUGACUGGUGGAAUGAGCAAUAUAACGAUCCUAUAACUGCUUCAGUCCACUAGCUGUUUCUCAUACAGAAAAGUGCCUUAUGACAAGAGACUAUGCAAACAUUUUGUUCCUGCUCGUUGCUAUUUGCAGUUUAGUUUAGACUAUCACUGACUGUCUCACCUGGGUUAGUAGUUUUGUAGCUUUAAUUGACGUUUGCUCACAAGUAACCAUUACACUGCUUUUUUAAUGUUUGGUUAAGGUUAAAUAACUGAAAUCGUGUGUGCCUGAUCAUUUAUGAAGUACUAGUAAUGGGAAUCUACAUUCGAGGACAAAAACAAUUACAUUUAUUGAACAGAAGUCAAUACACUAAACUGCUAUUGUAUGGCCAUUUGUAUGUAUGUAGUGGCUUUGGUGAUUUGCAUUUGUUUUGAGCAGGGGGAAUGAAAAUAAAGUAGCUAUUGCAAUAAAUCCAA